CAUGAUGCAACAAAAACAAUAAGACAACUAGACAAGUAUUGAAUACUUUUUAAAAACAAUUGCAAAUUUAAUUUUUAAUAUUAAGCACGGGCCAAACGGGUAAUUUGUAAAUUUGUUAACGAUAUGAUAAUUUGUUAACAAUAGGUGUUUGGGGAAAUUAACACCGGUUAGGAAUGUCGAAAAAAGCAGAAGUUGCGGCCCAUUUUGGAGUGCCAUGGCCAACACUUAAUGACGGAUUAACCUACCAUGAUAUUGUCCGACUCACCGAUGCUGGUCUUACACUGAUUGAAUUCUACUUCAGAAAGUACAAAAAUUCAGCUCCUUUACUAGGUUGGUUGCAGAGAAUUCAAAAUAGACAGAUAACAGUUGAUGGUAAAGUUGUUACCUUACCAGAUACUGAACUCAGGGCAGGUGCUGAAUUAGUAUACCAUCGCCUUCCUUGGAGAGAACCUGAUGCACCUUACUUGUUACAAGUACUAUUUGAAGAUGACCACUUGAUUGUCGUAAAUAAACCUUCCGGUUUGCAAGUUCUUCCUGGAGGGUCGUACCAGCAGCGGACCGUCUUGACACAACUCCAGUGGCAUGCGUGCAAGCUGACAACCACUUCAUCAGGUUGUCAAAAAGCACAUCCAGUCCCAGUUCAUCGCCUAGGAAGGGGUACAUCAGGAAUACUGCUCUGUGCAAAAACAAAGCUUGGUAAAUCUCGCCUUGCAGCAUAUUUUGCUGAGGGGACGUCAGUUGUUGAAGACAAAUACACCAACUCAGAGUGCAAUACAAUGAGGAAGAUUUGCAAGAUAUAUCGAGCGCUAGUAAGUGGUGUGAUGGCUAUGGAUGAGGUUGUCAUCAAGCAACCAAUUGGUACAAUUAAAUACCCUGGAGUUGCUAAAGGGCUGUAUGUUGCUUCUCCUUCAGGGAAGCCAGCUCUGAGCAGCGUUCGCGUUCUUGAUAGAGAUUUGGAGAACAACUGCACAUUGGUUCAGGUUGAAAUUCAAUCUGGAAGGCCACACCAAAUCCGCAUCCACCUCUCUUUCAAUGGACAUCCGCUAAUUGGUGAUCCUCUUUAUGUAUCUGGCGGGCAACCAAAGUGCUUUCAUCCUGAAUUAAUGGGUGAAAAUUUUGAGAAAGAUGGCGGCUAUCAAAGACCUGAGAAUCCGGUUCCUGGGGACUGUGGAUAUAACUUGCAUGCGCAUCAAAUAGUUCUUAUUCACCCCAUCAUAAACGAGCUUAUCAAAAUUACAGCACCUCUUCCAGCUAUCCUUCAAACACAAGAAGAACGCAAGGCGAACCAGCCAAACUCCAGCUAGAAGAAGAAUAUUCAAAGCCUCAGCUUGCCGUCAGCUAGGUAGUCAAGCUCAUACUACUUCCGGGACGGCUGAUUCCCGACGAAGUAGAAGAGCAUUAUUUAAUGAUUCAAGUUAUGGUACAUUGUCUCAACUUUCUUUGUUGGUAUUAUGUAACUUAUAAGCUCGUUUUCUUUUUCUUGGUCAAAAGAUUCUGGAAAAAAGAAGAGAUGGUGAUUUUUAUAUAUAAACAGGAACAGAAAAAACUUAGUGGCA